CGGGGCCGGGGGAGCAGCCGGAGCGGCGUGGGCUGGGGGAGCCGGCGGGCGCCGAGCGGGAGCCGAGCGGAGCCCGAGCGGGAGGAGGCGACGGCCGCGGCGGCGGAGCUGGGAGCGGGGACAGGAUCAAGUCCUCUUGACCAGGGACCAGGCCCAAACCAGACUGCUGGUGCCCCCUCUUGGGCUCUGCUGUCCUCGGAAAGCAGCUGGAAUCAUGGGGAAUAUCUUUGGAAACCUUCUCAAGAGCCUGAUUGGGAAGAAGGAGAUGCGCAUCCUGAUGGUGGGCCUGGACGCUGCAGGAAAGACCACCAUCCUCUACAAGCUGAAACUGGGGGAGAUCGUCACCACCAUACCCACCAUCGGUUUCAAUGUGGAGACAGUGGAAUACAAGAACAUAAGCUUCACGGUUUGGGAUGUGGGUGGCCAGGACAAGAUUCGACCUCUCUGGAGACACUACUUCCAGAACACACAAGGUUUGAUCUUCGUGGUUGACAGCAAUGACCGGGAGCGAGUGAAUGAGGCCCGGGAGGAGCUGAUGCGGAUGCUGGCCGAGGACGAGCUCCGGGACGCUGUGCUCCUUGUCUUCGCAAACAAGCAGGACUUGCCCAACGCGAUGAAUGCCGCGGAGAUCACGGACAAGUUGGGCCUGCAUUCCCUGCGUCACCGCAACUGGUACAUCCAGGCCACCUGUGCCACCAGCGGGGACGGGCUGUAUGAAGGCCUGGACUGGCUGGCCAAUCAGCUCAAGAACAAGAAGUGAGAGCCAGGCAGCCCCGCCCGAGUGCCCCGCCCGCCCCCAUAUCUCCUGUCCCCCUGCCCCCGCCCUGCCCCUUCCUCCUGGUGCCAGUGUGGCCAGGGCCCUGGGUAUCAUGUCCGCAUGCCCACCAAGAGCCUUGCCUCCCCGCCCCUUCCUCUGUCCGCCGACAUGGCCAGUCCCUAACUGCUGUCCUAAUGAUGAAUCAUUCCAGUUGACUGGAUUUCAAACAAAAAAUAA